AAAUCCAUUGAGAUGACACAAGGCUACGAAAAACAAACCGUUUGUUUUAAAAAGCGAAAAAAUAAGAAUUAAAAACUCAAAUAUUUUCAUUCUGACAGGGAUGAAAUGGCUUCAUGAGAAUCCAAGUAAUGAUAUAAACCAUUUCAAAGAGCGACAUCAUGUGGCCAUAUUGUGUUAUUGCAGGUUUUACCUAUUGGCACUGUCUUGGUUGGUCGGAAUGGUAACGUUUCAUUACAGAAACUUCUUACAAGUAAACCCACAAUUUAAAAACUGAUUAUUUAAAAUGAUAUGGUAAAUAAAUCUUCUUUGAAAAUGAAAGUUUAGAUUUUUUUGCAGCAUUUUUUAAAAUAAUUUUAUAUCUAAAAUGAAUAAAGGAGUAAAUCAGAUGAUGGUGGUUUUUAUCUGCUAAUUAUUUUAAUCUUUGAACUCUUGACAGAGUAACCCAAUGGGUCUAAGGGUUUUCUUUUGAAAUUAUGAUGAGCUUUGUUUCCUGUUCUGCUACUACAAAAGAAUUUCAAAGUUACGUGUGACAGUCAUGUUUGUGGUCACUGAUUAUCUUGCUGUUUGUGCAUGUGGGUGGCUGUUUUUGUAGGUAAGUGUGUUUGUGUGGCCACUGUGUGACGAAACAUGGGAGAGACAAGCUUGACUCAGUCAGUUCAGAUUCAAAUCCUCUCAGUGCUUGUAUAGCUGCUCUGUGGGCGAUCCCGUAAAGACACUGUUAGAAUGGGUUUCUCGUUACCCUCAUAAAUGUUGCCUAAAAAAAGCUUAGAGCUAAAGAUAUGAAUCAAGAUAAUGGUCAAAAUAGGGCAACCAGUAACCUAAAUUAAAAUUCUAAUGAGAUUUUAUGUGACAGACAGACAUAAAAUUGUGCAGAAUUGUUAAGUCACAUGUUUUACAAAUAAAAAUAUGUGGGUGUGUUUACUUUAUGUGUCCAGGCCUUUUUACCCUUAUAUUUCUAAACAGAAUCCAGGGGAAAAGAACUAUUCACCUUAACUGACAGGCCGAGCAAAGAGGGACCACAGGGUAUCAGGCAAGACAAUCUAAGGUAACUAUGAGGAAAACUCGGCCUCCUAUUAGUUCGAUUCUCCAAAAUCAUGCAUUUAUGGAAGAGCGGCAAGAGGGACAUGUUUUUUUGAAAGAAAAACACAACAGCAUAAAAGUCCAUAUUACAGUUUGUCACAAGUCAUAUAAGGGAAAAUAUAUUCUGCUCUUUGACCUACCAGCCAAACACUAUUUCUGGCAGAAAAUUAAGAGUGCAUGCUCCUCUGGCCUGAAAAAAACGUUCUCACGGCAACAGUGAACAAAACAGUGAGGGUCUCGGUGGAUUAUUUAGAUCAAAGCUCAUGUUUAUGUCCAAGCUGCCCAGUCAAAGUCCAGGGCUAAGUCUAAUGGAGAAUCUAUGGAUGGCAGGACUGGAAAUAGAGGUUCACAGAUUCACCCCAGCAAGUUUGAGAACCGUUUAAGUCUAUAAGAACUGCAGCAAAAAUGUGAUUUUAGAAAGUAUUAAUAAACACAAAUAUAUGCAACACUUUGAAAAUAAGCUGUCGGGUUGUCACACAAUCAUGGUGAUAUUAAAGGCCCCUGUAGCUUUAACCAUUUAAUGUUGCAGCCUUUUUAGUUAGUGCAGAGCAUAAACUUGAUAAGUAAGGGAAGACUCUGCAUCUUUAAUGCAAUGAUUGUGUUGGGAGUUGUGCUUUCUUUUAUAAAUCAUGUGUUUCAUGACUUUCUUUAUUGGAAAAAAGCACUGAAAUAUAAAAGACAGAAGAAGAACCAGGAAGUGUUGUUGUACAGUUUCUGCCCACUUGAUCUGGGGGAGUAGGAAAGUGUCCGAACAGAAGCCGUGUGAGAGAGUCAGAUCGCUGCUGAAGAUGAUUAUCAUACCUGCUGUUUUCUGCAUUUUCCUAAUUCUGGUACCUGGCCAAACCAAUGGUGAGAACCAGUUGAUUCGGUAUUUAUUAGCUGAAUUUUAAGAGAAAAUAAUGCAACAUUUGUCUGUUUCUUUUGUGUAGAUUUUUUCCCUUUAAAGAUCCUGGUCCGGCAGAGAACUAUAAGCGAGGGCAGUGAUCUUUAUGUAACCUGCAGCAUUUAUGGGCAAAAGGCUAAACCCUCUGAUUUUGCAUAUUUACUGAAAAAUGGGAAAGGAUUUCUGAAAAUGACAAUGAAGCAAAAUUUGAAUGAUGUUACCUUUAAAAUAUCUAAUGUUAGUCUUGAUCACAGCGGAAAUUACAGCUGCUUUUAUUCAACUGAAAGUCACAACCUUACUGCAGUAGCUGGAAUGGGACAGGAUUAUGUUGAGAUUCUAGUUAUAGCCCAUUUCAUCCCUGCAGUCCUUUCUGUAGCUGGGCCCGCCUCGGUUCAUGAGGGAAACCGUAUUGAGUUUAAAUGCAGCUUUUCUAGAACCCUGCACACCAUCAGUAACUGUCAAUUCAUCUACUGCUCCCUCAAGAAGAAUAAAACGUUCCUUCAGUUGCAAGUAUUUGAUGUUUCUCGGAUGGAGGCCUAUUUCGUCAUUGAAGGUGCAGUCGGGAGGGAUUCAGGUCAUUACAGCUGCCUCUUACUGCCAUCUAAAUGCUAUCAGACAAAAUGGAAGGAGCUACAGGGAAUGAAUGACGUGUUUCUGGCUGUCAAAGAGGAAUCCAUCUCCUGGGGAGUUUUGUCUUGUGGAUUAAUAGUCUUUAUAGUUCUUUUUGGUCUCUUUCUGCGAUGGAUCUAUUACAAAACCAGCUUCAAAGCUUCAUUUACGCCAUGGAUUGUCAGCUCUGAUCGUGAGGAGCAGAACACAGAAAAAUUGGAGCCAAUGAAUGAUGAACCCCAUGAAGAUGGGGAAGAUGACUCUUUCAGCGUGGAGAAUGAAGAACAGAAUCAGAGUGAGGUUCAGGCUGCUGGGAAUGAAAUCUACUCCUCUUGUGAAAGAAUUUACCACGUUCCAGAUGAUCCUCCUUCAGGCCCAAGUUAUGCAUGUGUGACAAACAAGAUGUCUCUCUCUGAAGAUGAAAGCAAAAAGUGACGUUGAAGGUCUACGCCAGAAUCUGUUGCAAAAAUCCAGCACCUGGAUACAUUUUGUUUAUUUUGCUUAUGUGAAAACCCUAAAUAGUGUGACAGUGUUGACCUGAUAGACAAAUAAACUGCCCAACAAAAGUAUUCACACUAUCUCCCUAUUAUCUCGUCUUUCUUUCAUCUUUUUUUCCUUUUUUUCUGUUUUUCCUCUUCUGUUCUACAUUACAGUGUCCAUAUAAUCUGUAAAACUCCCUGCAUAAUUAUUAUAAAGCAAUUUAUAUGCAUGAAACAAGCGGAACACUGUGGCGAUAGCCCUACUGUUCCACUUAUGAAAGUCAAAUCUGUUGGGCUCUUUUUGGCAUCAAGACAAUUAUUCUUAUUGCCACAUUGCCAGACAGGACACUGUAAAAAAAAAAAAGUAUUCACAUCAAAUGUUCAUGUUUUGUCAACUAAGGCUUUUAAAUUACAUUAAAAACUGUAAAGUGGUGCUAAAAUAAAACAUUGCUUCUGUGUGUUC